AUGCUCGCCAAUAGCCAGAAGGAGAUCGAAGAACAGGACCAAGCACUGGCUCAGUCUAAUAAGAAGGUUCUUUUUCUGAGUAAACAGAAUGAAAGUCUCAAGAAAGAUCUCAAAAACAAGCUUAAACUAGCAGAAACAGCUGAAGAUCACAAUGAGGCAAUCCAGAUGCAGCAGCAAAAUAAGAAACUGAAAGAUGAGAAUGAUGAGCUGAUUGCUCAGCUUGACCAAACACAGCAAAUGCUAUAUUUAGCACAAAGAAGAAUUAACAUGCUCACAAAUAG